AUGUCUUCAAAUCGCCAAAGUCCAAAGGAGCCCCUUGUGGCGAUCAUGGGCACCACCGGCACGGGAAAGUCAGAUCUCGCGGUAGACUUGGCCGUCAGGUUCAAUGGAGAGAUCAUCAAUGCAGAUGCUAUGCAGAUGUACAGGGGUCUACCAAUCAUCACCAACCAAAUUUCUGAUGAAGAGCAACGCGGCAUUCCGCACCACCUGCUAGCCAUGGUCGAUGUUGAUGAGCCAACCUGGACAGUCAGCGUUUUUGUCAGGGAAGCCAGCAAGCUUAUCCGUGAGAUUCGCAGUAGGGGCAAGUUGCCCAUCGUUGUAGGCGGGACGCACUACUAUAUCAGCUCUCUUCUUUUUGGCAACAGUCUUGUAGACUCACCAGAUGAGAACGAUGAAUCAACAUUCACAGCACAGUUGGAAAUCGAGAAAAUGCAUCCGAUCCUUGCGGGCCCGACAGAGAACAUGCUUGAAAAGCUCAAGGAAGUUGACCCAGUCAUGGGCGCCCGGUGGCAUCCCGAGGACAGGCGCAAAAUCAAGCGAUCCUUGGAGAUCUUUCUGACCACCGGGAAAAGAGCCUCAGACAUAUAUCAAGAGCAACAGAGAGCAAAGGGAGCUGCAGAUUCCGAGAAUACAUCCUGGGAUGCCCUGAUGUUCUGGGUCUAUGCAAACCCAGACAUUCUCAAAGAACGCUUAGAAAAGCGAGUGGACAAGAUGGAGCAGAAUGGCUUGAUAGGUGAAGUGAGAACGCUUCAUGAACACCUUCGUAUGAAAACUGCUGCAGGAGUUGAAGUUGACCGCACCCGUGGUAUCUGGCAAUCUAUUGGUUUCAAGCAAUUCGAGUCAUUCCUUUUGGCUGAGGACAAUGGCGAGGACAUAAAUACCUUGGAUAAGCUAAAAGUUGAAAACAUGGAGUUGACCAAGAUUGCAACACGCCAGUACGCAAGGUAUCAACUCAGAUGGCUUCGCCUCAAGACCAUUCCCGAGCUAAAACACCAUGGUGCGCUCGACUACCUGUAUCUGCUGGACAGCUCACUGGCAUCAGAUUUCGCCCCCAAUGUAUUGAUACCCGCCUCGAAUAUCAUGGAAGCGUAUCUUGACGGGUGUGCACUUCCAAAGCCUGCAUCCGUCUCUAAAACCGCCAAAGAAGUUCUUUCCACAUAUGCUGCUCAAGAUACAUCAAACAAGCCAAAGGCCGAAGCAAGGCUUUGUGAGGUCUGCAACAUGACACUUCAGACAGAAGAUCAAUGGAACAAGCAUGUCAACGGCCAACGCCACCGUCGUGGCUUGAAGCACAAAAGUCGCACGGCUCUCAUGGCCACCCAUCAGGCAAAAGCUGCUCAAGCUGAAGACACUGAGACUGCCAUUGAGAGCUGA